CUCAUCUCGCAUUGGACUGUAACAGUGAGUUGUACAAAGCUAACUGACAAAUGUAGACCAACUUAUUGUCAGGCGCUUUUGAAAAAAGCGUCUGCUAAAUGCCCUAAAUUUAAAUAUAAAUGUAAACUCAAUUUAACUUAAAUUAAAUUAUAAUGAAAUAGAUGUCACAAUUCUGGUGCAAUAAAUUACUGAAGCGCUUAGGUGCGGAUAUAAGACGGGGUUUAGGCGGCCCAUACCAUUAGUUGUACAGGGUGAGUCGCUCAUUGUAUAGUUUGAAUAAAAGAGGUUAAUUACACAUAAUCUUGCAAAAUAUAUGUUUUCAGAAUCAUGUAGUAGUUCAGUUAUAGCGUUCAGAUAACGUCAAGAUCCUAAACGAAAACAAUCGAACCCUGAUAACGUGUACUUUCCAUUUCCGGUUUCACCUGAGUUCUAGGGACUACUUAGCGCCGCCCUUGGAUCGACCACAGCAUUCUGCUCUUACAGCUAAUAUGAAACAACAACCAGAUUGCCAAGUGUAGUAAAUACGUUUACACAGGUUUAACUCGUCCAUUAAACACACAUCGUGAAGUGGCUCAACCAUGGCUGCGAUUGCAACGAGUGAUAGUCAGCCAGAUACCUCGGAAACUGAAGAAAAGACACCGAAAGCCACCAUCAACGCUACAACCGAAUACUGCGCAAAGUUGCAGCAAUGGAUGUGGCAGUACUACUGGGGGCAUGCGAACUGGCAGAGUUGGAUGGCAAUGUCCGCCUUUCCCUUUCUUCCACCCACCACUUUCCAUCACCCGGGUCUCCUUCCCCAUCCUUCCGGGGCUUCUGCCUCGCCACCCGGCGUUGGGCACCUCACUUUCGACGCCCAGAACUGGUACAAUUACCCUUAUCCCUUCAGUUAUCCCGUUCCCCCGUAUCUAUCCGCUGCCAACAACGAGCAUCCCGCUGAAAACACACCUGGACGGCCAGUCCAGCAGCAGAACCCGCCUCAAGCAGGACGGGAGUACACUAUCCCCACGCCCUUCCAGAGAUUCCUGGCUGAGACGGUGGACUUCUUCAUCCUGUUCUGUGUGAAGGCCACGAUAGUGCUGUGGAUCAUGCACCUAAGUGGGAUGAAGUCACCCUUCAGGGACAUUGCCAAGUUCAUCACCCAGUUCGUCGUGGAGGAGAUAGACGAGAACACGUCGCUGGAGGACCUGCAGAAGAUGAUGGCGGUGGCCCUGGUCUACCGCGUUCUGGUCUGCAUCUACGAGAUCAUAUGUAUCUGGGGAGUGGGCGGGGCCACGCCGGGGAAGUUCCUGAUGGGUCUGCGGGUCGUGACCUGCGACACGUCCACCCUGAUCCGGCCCAACCGCGUCCUGGUCGUCCCCUCCACCAACGUCUCUCUCUCGGCGUCCACGGUGCGGGCCCUGAACAAGAACUUCUCCAUCGCCUUCCUCUUCCCCAUCUUCAUCACGCUCUUCUUCUUCCAACACAACAGAACUGUGUACGACAUUGUGGCGGGAACCAUCGUAGUGCAGCGGAGAGGGGCCAGAUAGCCCCCCCCCCCUACCCCGGUGCCACCCUCUCCACCACCACCACCACCACCCAAACACCACCACC